AUGCGGUACGGUAACUGGGAUGUGCUGCUCUUCCCCCAUGGUUCCAAAACCCCCAUGCAAGAGUUUCGAACUCAGUGCUUCGUCACGAGAGACAACGACGUCCCUUUCAUCCAUGAUCCUACAUCCUCUGGCGUCCGAUAUAUUUCUGAAGGUAGGCCUUUGACGCAGCUUCCAGUUCUCACCACCUUCGUUGGCAGCCUUGUCCACAAUGCGCCAUUCCGAGUGUCAAUUCAUAGUUGGGAGCAGCCCAAGGCUUCAAGAAUGCUGGACAGCUUGGCCAGACCAGGAAAUUCAGUCACGUUUGAAGCUCGUGUUUACAUCGAUGGAUUGAUGGUAGCAUCGAGCAUCUUCAACCAGCGAGCCAUGUGGCCACAUGUGAUUGACCUCUGUUCCCAGAUGGACAGAGAAGGCUACCAGGAGCCACUUCGGUUUCCGCCCUUUCACCAAGAAAUCCUUCACGCCUCCAGCUGGGAUGCGGGACAACUCCUGGGCCGCAUACGAGUUGUCAUUACAGAGGGCUUCUCUCGCGAGACAGGUUCUCCUUACAACAACCUAAAGCACUCUUUCGUUCGCAUCAAAGAUGUCUUAGCAUUCUCGUUUCAGCAUGCUCCGAUGCGUGAGUUUGUCGCCCAAUUCUCACCCGAAGCCUCGCUGAUGAUAAUUGUCAUAGACAUACUUGAGUUCUCUGGGAUUGCUUGGCCUAAUCCAGGAAUGUGGAUGCAGGUUCAGUCUCGCAGCAGUCAAGGUCCAGUCUCGGGCGGUCAGCGCCCAUUUGUAUCUGAGACGAAGGAGGAUGAGGAUGCCCAUGCACAUUCGCCCCGACGACCAACCCAUCAGGAUGUGUGCAUACCUGAAGGGUUCAAUUCAAGAAGUUAUCCAGAUUUCGACGACUACUGGGCGAAUCAGAGUAUGCCACCACCCCCGAAUCGAACGGCAACUGCGGCAUGGAAUCAAUCAGCAUUGGGAGAGCCAAAUGUUAUUCGGCCAAAUGGAUUGCUAGCUGACCCGUUCCUGGAUGUGCGUGGAUUAGGGACUGCGAACACCCACCGAGAGAAUAAGAAAUCCAGUGAAGACACCCCGAUGCCCGAUGUCCCCAGCUCUGAGGCAAGUCGGAACCUAUCCGGCAUGACCGGCAUCAGCUGCAACCAAAAAGAUCCUCCUUCCACCAUCAUAGCAAGCCACGAGGCCAUCAUGAAUCAACUAGUAGAAGCUCUUAGUCCUCUAAAGAGCGAUUACGAUGGACCCCACAAUACCACAAACACACCAUCAAGUGGACGUGUUUUCAGCAAACCGUCCGCAGCCGCACAAGCUCGAGUAGCAUCACGCCAAGCUUCCAGCCCAGAGAAGGGCGAGGCGGUGGAAGUUCCAGACAGCACGGGCCGCAAAGCUAGUAUGAACAUCAUUUCGGCCAACCCUGGGGGCCCUGUACAAAGCAAGAAAGAGGGAGAAGACAACAAAGAGAACAUGCCGGAGACUCGUGUCAUUGGUGCUGAAUUCACACGUCGGUCCAGCUUGAGCGCUCAUCUCAUCAGCACCAAAGCAGUCGAGAAGCUGGAGCGAUCGACUGAGUCAAAGCGCAAGCGGCCUUUGGAAGAAGUACCUACGUGCGCCCACCAGAGCAGCGUCGAUGAUCUCACAUCGUCCUCUCCCAGCAAAAAGGUAUCGAAGAUUGCGUCUGCAGAGGCGCUGUUCAAAGGGCAGUCUCCACAUACGCCUGACAGAGGAAGAGACGUAAGUGGAGGGGUGCCUUUCAAGCUUGCUGCUGAAGGGGAAUGA